UCCCCGGGGACCGGGGCCACAUAAAUGAGCCCGCCAACGGGACGGUCCCGGUCUGUCCAUCAUCAUCAUCAUCACCGUCACCUUGUUGAGCAGAACAGUUCUGGUUCUGAUGAGCGGCAUGACGGCUCGUGAGGACGUCGGAGAAGAGAAACCCAAAGUGAAGAUGUUAUCUCCCGGAUUUGGGAUCGAUAAGUCCCGGCUGCACGGCUCCGGGUUCCGAUCCAAAGGCUUCGCCAUCACAGACCUGCUGGGCCUGGAGUCCGACCUGCAGGUGCGGCCGCAGCCUGGCGCUCCUCCGGGUUCGGGCCUGUCGGCUGCGGGCUCCGGGCCCGGGCCCGAGCCGCAGGGGCCCGGCGGCGGCCUCGGAGGCUUCUCGUUCCCGGGAGGGUCGCUGCCGCUCGGCCUCGGCUUCCUGUGCAGCCUCGCAGCGCAGCAGCCCGCCGGAGCUCCGUGCUUCCUGCCCGGACACCUGCCGCUGCUGCAGGCCCGGGCCGACAGCCACUACCUGCAGAACCUGGAGGCCCAGCGGGACGCAUACUCCGAUGAAGAGUGUCUCUCGGACCGCAACGACUCAAAGAACUCCGCCAACUCUCAGAAGAGGAAGAAGCGGAGACACCGGACGGUGUUCACCUCCCACCAGCUGGAGGAGCUGGAGAAGGCCUUCCACGAGGCGCACUACCCGGAUGUCUACGCCCGGGAGAUGCUUGCCAUGAAGACGGAGCUGCCCGAGGACAGAAUACAGGUGUGGUUCCAGAACCGUCGGGCAAAGUGGCGAAAGCGUGAGAAGUGUUGGGGCCGCAGCAGCGUCAUGGCGGAGUACGGUCUGUACGGGGCGAUGGUGCGACACUCCAUCCCGCUGCCGGAGUCCAUCCUCAACUCCGCCAAGAACGGCAUGAUGGGAUCCUGCGCCCCCUGGCUGCUCGGUGAGCCGCAUGCACGAAUGCACAAGAAGUCUUUGGAAAUGUCCAAAAAGUGUUCCAGCCCUCCGGAGUCGGACUCAGCCCGCUCCGACUCGUUCUGCGAGGCCUCAGAGCGACGAGGUGGCAGCAGCGAGGCUCGAGAGGUGCACGAGGUGGAACAGGAGGAGGAGGAGCUGCUGGAGAUGGAGGAUGAGGACAUGGAGGAGGAAGUGGCCAUCGACCUGUCCAGCUCCUCCAAACAGCAGCAGCAGGAGGCCGGAGGCUCAGUGAGGUCCGCCUCCUCGCCACGGCAGCAGAGCGGCAGCGAGUCGGACGAACACAGCUGAGGGCAGGAGGAGGAGUCAGAUGUGAGGUGGCGGCCGGAGCAGAGAUGUGAUUGGCUCUUCUUUUAGGACUCACAGGACAGCCAAUGAUGGAAUAGCUAUGAUGUUACUUGUUACUAUGCAAAUGAUCACAUAAAGCUUUAAAGGAAUCUCUGAAUGCUACUCAGUGAUAGCAUGCUAACAUAUUAGACUUUGGGUGCUAGCUCACUAUGCAACAACAACAACAUACUGACAUAACUUAAUAUCAUAAUUUGCACUAUUAAAAAGUCAAUACUAUAAUAAUGUCACCAACAGUGAUGAUUCAUUAUGAGCUAACAUGCUAUGAAAAUGUUACCAUGCUAACAAACAUUGUUACUCUGUGUACAUGUAGCGUGCUGCUACACUGGUGGACAGUAUGCUAACAAGUGUAAAGCUAACAGCUGUUAGCAUUUUAACAGUUUAAGGACAAAAAUAUUUCUAUGAUGAUAUUUUGAGGGAUUUUCAAAGAUGAAUUAAAUGUGACUUAUAAGUUGAAUGUCCAUUAUGCUAACGAGUUCUCUGUGCUCCGGGAUGGAAACACGCUGACACAACGCCGCCGCCGCCGCCUCAGUCAGAUGGACCUCGAUGAACUGGACCGAGAGUUGAGUGUGUUCUGAAGACCUGUGAGCUGAGGGUGCUGUACAUGAUGUCUCUGUCGGUGUGUUUGUCACUGUAAUGUACUGAGAGUAAGUUUAAUAUCCUUGUUUUUCUGAAAAUAAGAGACUAUUUAAUGUUUUAUUCCUGUCGGUUUUUGUGUGUUUUAUAGUUUUGACUGUCGAGCACUGAUCAGCCUGACUGAAGCUCUGUGAAUGAAUGUAAUUUAUUUAAAUAUAAUAUUUUAAAAAGUGGGUUUAUUAUUAUUAUCAUCAUAUGUCUGUACAGGUUGGUA